UUGUGGCCAAUGGGAGGCGCUGUGUCUGUCAGCAAUCCGGGCUCUGUCACUGGACUGUUGAGCGUGUCCUUCGUCCGCUGACAGAAACUAAAUAACCAUCUAAAUAGUUGUUUUAUAUUUAACUCGACAAAUAUGUCUACUACGACCGGCGGCGGAGAUUUUGGCAAUCCCCUGCGGAAAUUCAAGCUCGUUUUCUUGGGCGAACAGAGCGUGGGCAAAACAUCACUUAUCACCAGGUUUAUGUAUGACAGCUUCGACAACACCUAUCAGGCAACUAUUGGUAUAGACUUUCUGUCGAAAACCAUGUACUUGGAAGACCGCACGGUUCGGCUCCAGCUGUGGGACACUGCAGGGCAGGAGCGCUUCCGCAGCCUCAUUCCCAGCUACAUCCGAGACUCCACUAUUGCUGUGGUGGUCUAUGACAUCACCAACCUUAACUCGUUCCAGCAAACCUCAAAGUGGAUAGAUGACGUCAGAACAGAGCGAGGAAGUGAUGUCAUCAUCAUGCUGGUUGGCAACAAAACAGAUUUGGCUGAUAAAAGACAGAUCACCACAGAGGAGGGAGAGCAGAGGGCUAAGGAACUGAAUGUCAUGUUCAUUGAAACCAGCGCAAAGACUGGCUACAAUGUCAAACAGCUGUUUCGUCGUGUUGCUGCUGCUUUGCCUGGAAUGGAUAGUACACCAGAGAAGAGCAAAGAGGACAUGAUUGACAUCAAACUGGAGAAGCCUCCAGAGCUACCUGUUACUGAGAGCAGCUGCUCGUGCUAGUGACCACUCUUAAUCUUCACCAGACCCUGCGUCCCCUCACACAAACACACAUACACAUACACACACACACACACACACAUACACAGCUUGCCUCUCAGUGGUCACUCACGCCUCCCAUGGCCCCACGUCAUUUGUGGAGAACCUUUUGUUUCUCUUUGACUCAGUGACUUUUCAGAGUAACCGUGUGGAUGUGCUAUUACUCUGUAUUAAAACGGAUUCCGAAUAUACUUAUAUUAAUGGAAAAAAGUAAAAUAGAUUAAAUGCUAAAACCAUUCAGAUCUGUUCUGGCUGCAUGGCAUAAAAUGAGAUUGCAGACUGACAUAGGUCACGUCUUCUUGAGUUUGUGCACUUGUUUUAACAUCAGUGCUGUCAUAGUUGUUGCUAAGUUAUUACAGAGAAUUCACCUAUCUGUAGAGAGCUGGGGCUGGCCAUUUUAAGCAUUGCUUAUUUUUAUUCACUGGAGGAAGAACUUGGCAUUAUUGUUGGGAGAGGCUGUAAAUGUCUGUUACUGACAAGUUUUUUUACAUGAACAUUACACACUAUUUUGUUGACCAUAGUUUUUUUCUUGGUUUGUUUGUUUUUGCCGGAUGUUAUUUAAAAGGAAUCUUUUGAAAGUAUCUCUUUCAUCCUGGAAUUAUUGUGAAAUGUCGUCAUGGACAGAAUAAUCUGUAUAACUGGAUGUUUUCGUGGUAAAUAUGGUAUUGGGGACCAGCUAUAAUUUAAGGGUCUUUUGUUUCAGGCCAAAAACAUUAGACGCAGUUUGUUCUCAAACUUCAUUCUGGACAGGAUCCUUUUAUACAGGAAUAGAAUGUGAUGAACUGUGGAAACUAACAUUCUUAAAAAAGGGAAAUUUGUAAAUUUAUUUAAUUUCAGUACGACGAAACCUAAGAUAUUUAACAAGUUAUCCACAACUAGUUACGAAAACUAAAGUUAAUUGUAUAAAUGUAUGUACUAACCAAACUGUACGCAUCACUGGGAUAUCGAAAGCAUCAACGAUUCACACUAAGGGAUGAACUCACCUCUCCCUGCUCAUCCAUUCAUCUUCUGCCUCGUUUUUGCUGUGAAAGUGGUAGGAACAGCAUGCGGUUUAGAGACGGUUUAACACAAAAUGCCUUGCUUGUUUUGUUAUGUCUUAGUGCACCAAAGCAGGCCAUAGUGCUGUGGUCUGCGAGCCUAUUAACACUGCAUAGAGCCAAUGAGGUUUCUGUUAAACAGGAUAUUUUGAUUUUUUUCCUUAAAUGCGCCUAUCGCUUAGCGUAGAGACACGUCUUGGUAUUGCUUGUUAUGAGACUGUUGGUUUCAUGUGUUUAUUUAUUAUCUGACUAGCUGGUGAAACAAUGUGUCGUGUGCUUGACGGGAAUGGCAGUUAAUGUGUGGGAACCAAGUGAUCGAUGUAUAAUUUGCAUUGCUGCCUGGCUACUGUUUUACGAAAACCUAUUAGCAUAUCUAUAUUGCCACUACGGUCACAUUAAUAAAGACUCUCACCCUCCUGUUUGUAAUUUUGGGUUUCAAGAAUUUACCUUGAAUUGGCUUUUAUUUGGUGGAGAGGAAUCACUCGACUCACUUAUAUCACCCUCUCCUUUUUUAUUCAACAAAAAACAGAUUAAUCAUUAAGACAAAUAAAGACAUCAAGUGUGUCUUUAACAUUAAAUCUUACACAUCUAGUUAUAUUAAUAGUUAAACAAGAGUAAAAUCACUCCUGAACAGCUCUAUCACUUACUGAAUACUAAGCUGUGUGCUAUUCUGAAGUGUGUUGGUCUGUUUGAACUACGCUGUCUACUAGUUUAGCAACGUUUGUGUGAACAAAGUACUAUUAUUAUAUGCUGUAAAAAGUGGAAGGUUAAAGAAACACCAAAAUGUAUCACAUGAAUAAACGAAAUUCACCAAA